AUGGCGUCCCCGAGACCAUCGAUUACCCUUUUUGUGUCCCUUUUCAGCUUAAUGUCCAUUGGGGUGCUCGGCGACAACAACAACCACGUGUACUCGCCGUGCGCCGACGCGUCCGUGCAGAGGUCCGACGGAUUCACCUUCGGGAUCGCGUUCGCAUCGAGGGCGUCGUUCUUCUUCAAUAACUCCCAGCUCUCUCCCUGCGACCGCCGCCUCUCGCUCGCAUCCGCCAAUUCUCAGGUCGCCGUCUUCCGCCCUAAGGUCGACGAGAUCUCGCUCCUCACCGUCAACACUUCCAACUUCUUACCGGAUUCAUAUGGCGGUUAUAUGGUGGCAUUUGCUGGCCGAAGAUAUGCUGCCCGGUCGCCUCCUGCUUUCGUUGCAAACAGUACAUUUAUAGUUACCAGUUUUACCCUGGUUCAUGAAUUUAGAAAGGGGAGGCUGCAAAACUCAUUCUGGAAAAGAGACGGGUGUGCUGCUUGCUCGGGCAGGUCGAAUUUCGUCUGCCUCAAUAAUCAAGACUGUGCUAUCCGAACCAGUAGCUGCAGGGGUCGAGGCGGGUCGGUAGAUUGCAGCCUCGGUAUACAGCUGGCAUUUUCAGGCACGGACAAGCACGAGUCGGUUUUGAACUCAUGGUACGAGGUUAAGAACCUACGCCAGUAUUCCCUAUACGGCCUUUAUUCUAAUCUCCGGGACUCACUCACCAGCCAAUACAACAGAUUUUUCUAA